AUGCAACCCGAGCCUACUGCCGUCUCUCAAAGUUCCUCUACAGACCUCAACCCCGCCAAUCCUCCCAUUUCUUCCCAGUAUGGCCAUGACCCUCGUCGUGAUGAAUCGGUCUUCGACACUCUCUCUAGUGGAGGUGUCGAAGACCGCGCCGUUGUCGACCGUGUCGAUGACGAAGUCUCACCCUCGCCCGGGGGCGUCGGAAGCGGCGACUCGUUAUUACGGCGACUGAACAGUGUCGACAGCGUUGUUUCAGCGCCGACCUCUCCCAUCCGUUCCGUCAGUGAUUUCAGCAGUCCUUCACGAGUUUUUCAGCCUAGCUCGGCAGAUGCGAAAUCUAAAGUUUACGUGUUCCGAAUAAAGCCGCGCCCGUCUUUGGCCGAUCUCCCAAAUGAGGUUUUGACGCACAUUCUGUCGCAUUUACCGCCAAACUCUCUCACAGCCAUCUCGCUUGUGUCGCGUCGAUUCCAUACGCUUGUGACCACGCCCCACGCAUGGCGGGUGGCUUUCGCGCGAUUUUUCCCUGGCCCGCGUAGCAUCGAAGAAGACUGUGCAUCCGAUGAACUGGUUUCUGACAAGAGGUCCUUCACUAGGCUAACGGCACUGGCAUCAUGGCGUAGCGAGUAUAUCCUUCGAACACGUCUGCUGCGUUCUUUGGGUAGAGGGAAACCAACUGCUCCCUCAUCUCCUGGGAAACAUCAUCCUCGUGCUGGUGGUAUCCAGACCGGUUCUCCCGUGAUCACUUACACGUCCAAGCUGCUGUAUCCUGUCAGUCAUGUUGAUGCCAUCUUCACACCGAUAGCUACCAAGAAACCUCCGCUUUUCAUUCACGGAGCGGCUGAACAGGGUGCCGCUUCAACGAGCGACCCGUCGGCUGGCAAGACUGGCUCUUGGGGCUUUUCUUCCCCGCUUUUCCAGCAUUUUGCCGAUCUAUAUGAAGGCGAAAUCGAAUAUGGACUGGGACCCGGUGACAUGAUCGGACUCCCCAACUCGAUGGACGUCAGCCAACUAUACGGCAUGGCUUAUGGAGAAGGAUGCCCUCAAGGGCGGAGCUACUUCAUUUCAUCAGGCGAACAACGCGGUCGCUUCCUCAGUUUCUCCGAACUUGAUUCAGAGCCUGACUUGGGUAUUCCUGCUUUAAAUAUGAUUACGACCGCGGUCAGCUCCGUAUGGAUUGCAAAGUCACCGAACGUGUUAAAAAUGACUAAUGGAAUGGUGGGUAUCUUGUGCGGUACAUCAUCCGGCAUAUUGACUGCCUACGCUCUUGGAACGAGCCCUGUGCAUGAUUACAGGUUUGAUCGUGGCCAAGUAACGGCCAGAUGGGUCCUCAGCCCCGGUGUGCCAAUAAUCUCUAUCGCCGUAGAUGAGAAUUACUCUACGAAACGCCAUUCGAAACGUCGUAUCUGGGCGACAGUUUUGAAUGCGCUUGGUGAGGUUUACUAUUUGACGGAGAUUCCUGCUGUUCCUGAGGCUGCUCCACGGCACUCUGCAGAAGAAAUCGAAAGACUUGCUUGGAAAAGCGGUCGCAGUAUUCGCUGGGAAAUGAUCGAGGCAACUCGCCGUGUUGCUCGACCUGAUCCGUACAACCGAGAGUUGGUAGAUGGCAGCUAUAGUCCACGUUCCUCUGGUGACUCGGUCGGUUUGAGCAAAGAUCAAAUUGCUGCCGAAACGAAGGAGAUUGAAAAGUUUCUUUCCUUCAAGCCUAAACACUUUCGGAAAGUCUGCGAGGGUUGGGAUAUGCGACGACAGCUUCAAGUUGAUUUUGCAAGCGAUGACAUGCUCGGCGUUGGAGAAUCUAUCGUUGUUGUGAAUUGUGGUCUUGAUAACGAACAGAGUGCUUCGAUCCACAGAUAUGUUCGUCAAAGGUUACCAUAUCAGCACGAAACUGUCGCAGAACAUCUGUCAAGAUUUUCAACACCGAAACCAGUGAUCUCUUUGUUCGGCGGACCAAGCUCACCUCAGUUGGCCGAAGUGCCUAGCGUGUCACGAUCUAGAGACUCGAACCAUAUGGAUGGCGAUAUCUUAACACUAGCGAACACAAUGUGGAAGACUACAGAUUUUGUAUUCGACAAUUGCAAGUCUCUCCAGCUGACAUCGACUGCGAUGGACAUGUCUAUGCUAGCUCAACUUACGACUGCUGAAGAUCCUCUACUUGGCAUGUCAGGAGCAGGAGCUUCUACCACGUCGUCACCUCUUUCGUCCCCGUUACCGCAUAUGAAUUCGCCGGGCACUGGUACCGAGGUCCCUGGACAGCGAGCCCGUCUUCUGGCGGUGGGAACAACUUCGGGUUCCGUGUAUGUAUGGAAUAUGCGAGCCCCAACUAGCCGCACUUCAGAUGAGACCAACUCUGUUGCGCCUGUGCGGAUAAUACGUACCGAGUCUCCGCAGAUCUCAUGUCUAGCUUUGACAUCACUUUACCUUGUGCACGGUGGAAACGACGGACUGGUCCAGGCUUGGGAUCCCCUGGCAUCUACCAUCAAACCGAUCCGUACACUUCACUCUCGUUUUUCGUCUCGUGCUCGUCGUCGUCUAAUCCAGGCCGAGGCAUCCAUACUGGGAACUGGGAACAACUUCUUCGCAGCGGGUGCUAUUUGUCUUGACCCUGACCCAACUGUGUUACGGGGGGUUAUGUCGCUCGGCACACAUGUACGGUAUUGGUCGUAUAGCUCAUCAGCAGCUGAUGAGUACAAGAGCAACAAGCGUCGUUUGCGACGAUCUCAUCGAGGUAGCCUUGCUUCUGGCGAUGGGCAACGAUUUACAAGCACUGGUCGUGGUGCGUUGAAGGAUUUUAUCGAAGAUGAGCAGCAAGAAAUGAAACUCCAGGUUGUCGAGGACCGCAAACAGAGAGAACGUCUCAGUAAUAGAUUCGGAACCGACAUACUUGGACCGGGUGCAACUGAAGAAGAGCUUAUGGCUUAUGCUCAGAUGCUGAGUGAGGAGAGUUGGAAUAGCGAUGUGGUCAAACGGAGAGAGAGUGAAAGCAGUACCGUCGCUAGUAGUGUGUCUAGUGACACCAUUGCCCCACAGGACAGUUCGUUUCCAUCUCGUGACUUUUCUUCGUCCUCUUCGCCAGUACUAGAGACCGUUGAGGAAGAGCUGGCCCCGGAUAUCGCCGAGGCAAUUCGGUUAAGUUUACUCGAUGAGACUUCAAGCUCGUCUGACUAUCAUCCAGCUCCAAGCAAUUCAAUACCAAUCAAAUAUGCUAAGGGUGCGAAAGUCGAUAAACACGAAUUCAAGUCUCCAGACUUCUCGCCUCCGGCGGCGGAAAGAAGCAGCCAAAAGGAGAUGGACGAUCUUGAGUUUGCUAUUCAAUUGAGUCUCGCUGAGGAGCAGAGCCGCGAACAAGCUGCUGUACAGCAGGAGGAAGAAUUCCCGGCCUUGAUCAGCUCCUCAUACGGAGCUCUUAACAAGGGGAAGGGCAAAGCUAGAGCUUGGUAG